AAUCACAUUCUAUCGAGCCUGGCCCAUUUCCAUCGCUAAAAUCUAAAACCCUAACAUUUGUUUGUAGCAGCAGGUGGAGGUAAGCCAUGGAAGAAGCUGAAGCUCCAUCACAGGAAUGCAAAGAUGCACAGUCUAUAUCGUAUCUUCUCCCGACUCUCUGUUUCUCCUGCAAUCUCAAGAUCCUUCCGAGAAGCUACAACCGGUGACAUAAGAAUCGCUUCAAAUGGUCUUGAAUCCUUGAGAAUUACGAGCUCGAAAUUAUUCUCUUCGAAAUCGGGCGAUGGUCGAAAUGAAGAAGAUGCGUGGUCUAAAGGAUGGAAGACCACUGGUUCGUCAACAGAAUCCAACGAGAGCUCCGAUUUAGGUUGGGACUCUGUGUCGUCGUGGUCUACUGGUCUGACCAAGGAGCACUUCGACGGUGAAGCCAUCGGCCGGCAGGUUUCUCCGGGGAAAGGUGAUGUCGUGCCGUUAUCGCCGUCGAUGUCUUCGGAGGACAUUGAUGAGGUGGCAGAGUUGGAGAAAGAGAACCGGAAGAGCAGAGAGUUUGUUGAUGGAUGGGGUGAGCGGAUGAAGGAGAUGAAUGUUUUGUUGAAGCAGGUGAGAGAGCCCGGUUCUAGGGGUUCGUAUCUGAAGGAUUCUGAGAAGGCUGAAAUGUAUCGGUUGCAUAAGGAGAAUCCCGAUGUGUAUACGAUUGAGAGAUUGGCGAAGGAUUACCGUAUAAUGCGGCAGAGGGUACAUGCGAUUCUGUGGUUGAAGGAGCUUGAGGAGGAAGAGGAGAAGAAGCUUGGGCACCCGUUGGAUGAUUCUGUUGAGCUUUUGCUUGAUGCUUGCCCUGAGUUCUUCAAAUCUCAUGAUAUGGAAUUCCAUGUUGCUUCCCUUCCUUACAAACCUGAUUUCAAGGUCAUGCCCGAGGGCUGGGACGGCACUGCCAAAGAUCCCGAUGAAGUUCAUUUUGAGAUAUCUAUGAAGGAAGAUGAAAUGUUAUAUCAGGAAUUUCUACAAAAGAUGAACUUCAAUAAGAAAAAGAUGGCUGGGGAGGUUAAAUGCCACAAAUACAGCAGGAGACGCCCUUCUGAAGGCUGGAACUUCACUGUUGAGAAACUGGGUCCACGUGGGAAACGAGGAGGUGGAGGUGGUUGGAAAUUUGUGAGCUUACCAGAUGGAUCUAGCCGACCAUUGAAUGAAAUGGAGAGAAUGUAUGUGAAGAGGGAAACUGUACGCCGCCGCCGUAAGAUCCUUCCUUGAUGAACUUUUCUCACUUAAACCAGAUAGGGUUAUGAAGGUGAUGAGACAUGUUCGUUUGUUUUCUACAUCUUGAGUUUCUUUCAUUUCCACAUCUAUUCAUACCCUAUGUACAAACGGCCAAAGAUGUGUUUCCACCAUCUUUAUCAUUCUACCCUCUCCCC